GGCAUGAAAAACAUGGCGUCGCACAGGGAAGACAGAACUGGUAAUCCCAGAUCAAAUGCUGGAGAUAUUUCUAAAAUCGACCUUCUGCUUCACCCUGAGCUACUUUCUCAUGGCUUCAUUCAGCUCGUGUUACAUGAGAGGGGGCUAACGGUGGAUGAUGCCGUGGACCGUGACCGGCUCACAGAUCUGUACCUGCGGCAUGUCAUUCCUCUCCCGCAAAGAGAUCUGCCCAACACACGCUGGGGAAAGAGAAUGGAGAGGACCAGAGCGCGGCAGAGCUCCACUAGUGCACACAGUUCAGGCUCAGAUAUUGGCAGGAAGAGGCCGUUGAUUGUGUUUGAUGUCAGCUCAACUAACACUGGCAAUGUUAAACUGAAGAAACCUGAUACUUCGCUAGCACCUGUCGCCACAGAUCGCCUGAAGCCCCCAGUUUCCAGUGUCAGUCUCUCAAACCCCAUUCGCAAGCUUUCUGGAUCCUCUUCAAAUGGCUCUUCCAACUCAUCCUCAAAUUCCUACAAUAGGACCCCAGUAUCAGAACUACGAGCCAGCUCCAAGAGCCCUUCAGUCACUUGUAAUAAUUCUAACACUGCCGAUUUCCUGGUACAUUCUAACAAUACGGCAUCCAAGCUAAAGCGCACGGCCCCCAGUGAUGGAGAACCACACACUGCUAAGGACAUUAAGUCACCGGAUAUAAAGAAAAAGAUUCAGCAUGUCACAUGGCCAUAAGCUCCGAUCUAUUCUGAUCUACUAAGAAGGCAUGUUGAACUCUAAAUACUGGUUCUCCCCAGUGCUUCACACAACUCCAGCUGACACUAACCAGAUCUUUCCUCUCAACCUUACUAACCAUCCACUGGAAAACUGAAAUUAGAAAUGUGACACUUAAUUUCACACCAGGGGACAAAUGUAGAAUUUGGCAAUUUGUAUCUUCCUUGCAGUGAAUAAACUUUCCAAGUGUGACGCUCUUGGCUGGAUUGAUUUGCCAACACAAAAUUGGCUUGCAAAUGGGAAUGCUCUUGACCUGUGUUGGACUGUGAACUAACCUGGUGCAGUGUGACCAUUAUCCAGUGACAAGCAAUUUGUCUGUCCACACUUAUAUUGAAACUGCGGUGUGACGUGACCCAGACACAGCCAAUCGGAACUGAUGUUUGACGUAAAGAUAUGAGGAACAGGAUUUUUGGACCAAUGAAAUUUCACAGUUGGUGGAGCUACCAACACAAUGCCGCAGAAAUGGAAACCUACAGCUGGUUAGGACAUGUAAUGAAUAGAAAAGAUGGCUUUCGUGAUCAUGUCACUUCAUCAUAUCACACCAGGUUAGAGGUGUUAGAGGUGGUUGCUGUGUUUUUACUGGCUUUGGACGAUUCAGAGUAACUGAAUGAAGUUGCACUCUGCAUUUUUAUUUUCUCUGACUGUUUGCAAGUUGAUGCCUUGAAUAGGAAUGGCAAUGUGUUUUGGCCAAUGAACUGACUGUUUUCAAAAGCACGUUUCGUAUUUAUGGCCCCCAGAAGGCUGUUCUGAAGUUCUGCACUACGAAAGGAAAAUUAAAGUCCCCAGGAAUUUGCUUGACAAGCACUGUUUUCUUUCCUUUAUUGAUGUACAGAAGGGGUGGGGCAUAUUGAAAGGCUUGUUCUUUUUUUUUAUUUUAUUUUUUUUAUAAUAUCCUAGUACUUUUUCCUAUUUUUAUUUUGUUUUGCUAUUUUAUAUUGCUUGUCUGCAGAUAUUAAGACUGCAUUUUUAAUGCGUAUAUUAAAUAAAAAUAAAUCUUGUCAACUUUUGAGAACACAAGCAUAGGUGUCUUCAAAGCUAAUAUACAAGGCCUCCCAUUGCUUGUCGGUCUAUUGCCAUAGCGUACAUUUGGUCGAACCACUUUCACUUUCUUCUGUUUGAACUACUCUGGCUGUUGUGGUCUUGAUGGUUCUGUAGUCACUUUAAAAAAAAAUUUUUACUUAUCCCUACACCAUUGGUAGGUCCAGUGGUAGCUGCGUGCGGCUAACAGCUGAGACACUUCCUUAAAGACUUUUUCGUUUCACGUUGUUUCAUUCGUCGCUAAACAGAGGAAUGUCUGCAUCUCGUUUAUUGACCACGGCGUGGUUUUGCGCUCAGCCAUUUCUUUUUACAAUUCGAAAGUCGUGUGAACAAAUGAUACUGCUAUCGCUGUUGCUUACUUUAAAACUAGCAUGUUGAUGUCCCGUUUUGCAAAUCCAGUGACGCCGUUAGUGACGAUUCUUUCUGAUCUGCAGGAAUUGUGACGUCACAUUUAUUAUCAGCUCGGCUCUCUUAGAACCUCGACCUAGGUGGUACUAAAAAAAGUACCAGGUACUAUCCAGAGUGGAAAACUCCCAAAAAGCGAGAAGAGUCGAGUUGAGCUGUAUUGUGCAGUGGAAAAGCCUGUGGACAGCCUCGCUAUUGGUGGGGGACUUGGUGAGUUGUGCGUGGAUGCCACGGAGAAUAGCGUGUAGUCUCCACACACGCUUGGUCUCCGCUGUAACAUGCUCAACAAGCCACGUAAGAUGCGUGGAUUGUCUGUCUCAGACGCGGAGGCAACUCAGUCACCCAGAUUGAGGCGAGUCACUACGCCGACACUAGAACCUACAGUGAAUUGGGCAUACCAAAUUGGGGAGAAAAUACUAAAAGAACAAAGUGGUCUUGCUCAGAGUACAACACACAAGUUGAUAAUGGACCAGUCAAAAUAGUUUUCUAUUCUUAUUUCAAACACUCCCACAAGUUUAAUAGUAGAAUGCAAUGCUUCAGGUCUUUGUCCAAACUCCCAGCUAAGACAUUAAGUCUCAUUUUAUUAAACAUGAACAGAAUCAAACUUAUCUUAAAGCUUAAGUAUGUAACAUUUUCAGUGUUAAAAUACUUUCUUCAAUACCAUCUUAAGCCUAGUGGACAAUACACAAUUUGCAGCUGGCGCCCUGCGACUCAGUCUUGUUUCUUGUAGUGCUCGAUGGAGCCCCUGUGUACACCUGAUAUUAAGAUGCGUUUUGGGUGAUACAAUCACAAAUGUACAAGUGAGACACAUCACUGUUACACCUGAUUGUCUCUUUUGACCCCUUGUGUUCAGAUUUCAAGGAGUGUCUCUGAUUUCAUGAGGAUAUACUGUACAUAAAUCAUUAUCUCUGUAUAUUUCUGAAUGACAAUAUAGCACAAAAAAAAGUAGUAAAAUAGUUAUUUAGUGCAGAAAAUAAUAAAGA